GAGUUCAGUGCUGCAGGUGUUCCAGGGACAGCUUGGCUGCAUUCUGCCUUCCAUGGGAACCUUAAUUUCCCCACCAUCCCCAAAGACCAAGGCCUUGCUCAGCUCCUGACUCCUCCUUUCCUGCCUGCAGCACAAUCUGACUGCUCUUCUGUCCUGUCUGUUUAGCAUGCAGGCCUUCCUGGUCAGACUUUUGGGCAUCCUGUACUUGUCUUCAGGGUUAUUGGUAAUGACUCAACCCCAAGGAGACCAUUUCAGCAGUUUUGGCCAAGCCUCCCUGACUCCCUCCCUCAUAAAGACACGCCAUGAGGGUCUGAGAGCUGAGGGCUCCCUGUUCAUGCUGGAGGGCUUCCCUUUCUUGAUCAUAGCAGGAACCAUCCACUAUUUCCGGGUGCCCAGAGUGUACUGGCGGGACAGCCUGCUGAAGCUGCAGGCUGGUGGCUUCAACACUGUCACCAUGUAUAUUCCCUGGAAUCUUCAUGAACCGAAAAGAAACCAAUAUUAUUUUACACAAAACUUGGAUUUGCAGGUUUUUAUAACGAUGGCUUCACAGGUGGGGCUGUGGGUCAUUCUGUGUCCGGGCCCCUACAUCGGUAGCGACUUAGACCUCGGAGGCCUGCCUAGUUGGUUACUCCAGGAUCCAAACAUGAAGCUGAGAACAACUUACAAGGGCUUCACUAAAGCAAUGAAUAACUAUUUUGAUAAGCUGAUUCCUAGGAUAAAAUCACUCCAGUUCAAAAAUGGAGGCCCCAUCAUCGCUGUGCAGAUCGAGAAUGAAUAUGGUUCAUAUAAUAUGGAUAAAAGAUACUUGCGGUAUGUUCAAAAGGCCCUGGUGAAGAGAGGGAUUGAAGUGCUGUUCAUGACUGCAGAUGGUGGACAAGAGCUGUCAAAUGGCCACUUGAAAAAUGUGCUUUCCACUCUCCACAUGAAGGAUAUAAGUAAAAAAACCUAUGAAUCACUCUAUUCAAUUCAGGGCCGUAGCCCCAUAUUGAUGAUGGUGUACACAGCCAGCUCUCCAGAUGUGUGGGGACUGCCUCGGCAUAUUCCAGACUCACACAUGUUAAUGAAAGACUUACAAGAAAUGCUAGGCCUUCAGUUCUCUGUCAACUUCUACAUGUUCCAUGGUGGUACCAACUUUGGCUUUAUGGGUGGAGCUAAAUUUUCAGAUUCCUUUUUCCCUGUGGUCACCAGCUAUGACUAUGGGGGACUGCUGAAAGAGAAUGGAGAUUAUACACCGGAGUAUUUCACAUUUCAAGAGUUUUUUAGCUCUUAUCUAGGGCUCCCCAAGACCGAACUACCAGAAUCUCAGCCUAAGGUUGCAUAUAAGUCACUGACUGUAACACACUUCAUAUCACUGUGGGACAUCAUACCCUACCUGGAGGAGGUAAACAUGUUCUCGCCAUUCCGGUCAGUCAAGCCAGUCACCAUGGAGAACCUGAAUGUGAACGGUGGGAGAGGUCAGUCCUAUGGCUAUAUACUUUAUGAGACUGUCAUCUUCAAUGGAGGCUUCCUGACCUCAAGGAAUCAUGUUCAAGAUCGGGGUCAGGUAUUUUUGGAUAAGAAGUUUAUGGGCAUCCUGGAUCACACCAACAAUCAAGUGACUAUUCCCAGGAAAAAUGGCUACAAGGACUACAUGACAUUGAGUAUCCUGGUGGAGAAUCAAGGCAGACUCUCCUCAGGGAAGAACAUCAAUAAGGAGAGAAAAGGUUUAACUGGGGAUAUCUAUCUUAACAACUCUCCAUUAAGAAAAUUUAAAAUUUUCAGCCUGGAGAUGAGUGUUAAGUUCAUGAAAAGGGGCAUUCCUAACAUCUGGAAACCAGUCAACUACCAACCUGAUAUUCAGGGCCCCGCCUUCUUCCUCGCUUUCAUGACUGUUUUUAAUCACCCCAAAGACACCUUCAUAAAGCUAGAGGACUGGACAAAAGGAGUAGUAUUCAUCAAUAGUAACAAUCUGGGGCGCUACUGGAAUAAAGGUCCCCAGGAGACCCUCUACCUGCCAGCACCCUGGCUUCGACCUGGAACAAAUGAGGUCAUCCUGUUUGAGGAACUUAAACCUGGUCAACAGAUUCAGUUCACCGAUAAGCCUGAGCUUGGUGUGAUAGCCUGAAGGGUAAUUUGUAACACCUGGCACGAGCAUUCUGGAUCUUCCUGGUUGAAAUAGACAUGAAGAAGACACAAUGUGUGCCACCCCCCAGGCCCCAAACCUUUCCUCACUGCCCUCGUAUGAGAGCCAGUGUUUGUCUUAAUACCUGUCGCAGCUCCAUUGGUCACCCCCUCGGUGGGAUGACCUCCUCUAACAGCGUUAAGAAGCUUCUUGCCUUUUCUGAGCCUUAUCACAUUUCCCUACUGCUCUUUCUCCUCCUGGCAUGUUAGAUGAUUCUCAGGCUUUGUUUCCAGGCCCCUUUCUCAGGUUGCCAUGGCAGGGGAGCAUGGCCUGGCCACCGCAGGUGAAACAUUGCAGGCUUUCUGUGUCUGCUCGUAGCAGGAUCCAGGGCCUGUGCCUCACCGCCCUUAAACUCCUGCUGUUGGUAGCAGGAUCCAGAUAUCCUGUUGGAGAAUCACCCAUGCUCUGGGGGAAGUGUUUGUGGCACUAGCUCUCCAGCUCUCUUUCCUGCCUGCCUGCAGCUCUCCUGCCCUCCCAGACUGCGAAUGUGACAUAUAAUCCACCAGUCUCUUUCUUUUCCAGGUUAUUGAAUCUUGAAUUGUGUGACAUAAAGUAGGAAUGGAUUGAGUUGGGUCAUUCCAGCACUGGGUCCUUGUGUGCUAGCAGUCCUGACACUCUGAUUGCUGGGAUGCCCCUGACUUCUCUGUUCACCUCAAGUCCUGAUUUGGGUCUACUUCCUACCCAGUAUAUGGCAUAAGGUAGCUAACCUGUUUCUGAUGCUCACAACAAAAUAUGCCUCCUCAGUGCAUACUCUGUCGUAUUACAAUAAAAGCUGUUUCAUCACCAAAUAGAAUGUUGAAAAAUAAAUGAGAUCCUCAUAAUACUUCAACCCACAAAUGUACAUCGGAAGCAUAAGUGGUUUUCCAAUAAAUCAAAUAAAAUAUAAAAGUUAAUG